AUGACUCGAAUCGCACUCCCGAGGCUACAGAGAUCCUUGCGACCGUCAUUGCGUUCUGUGUGUAAACAUGGCACAUAUGGAAAUGUCGCUCCUUUCUCUAGCUCCUCGCCUGUGCGGUCGGGGUAUGCCGAUACCAUCAAUAACCUGAAGAUUGGCAAGCACACUCGUGUCAUUUACCAGGGCUUCACUGGGCGCCAAGCUACAAUGAACGCCCAGGAGUCCAUAGAAUACGGUACCAACGUGGUGGGUGGCAUCAAACCGGGUGUCGAAGGUGAACAUCUCGGCUUACCCGUUCUACCAAACGUUCGUGCCGCGGUGGAGAAGCUCAAGCCAGACGCCAGCGCCAUCUAUGUACCUGGAAAUGGCACGGUUGCCGCCAUGGAGGAAGCAAUUGAGAACGAAAUUCCUCUCAUUAUUGCCGUGGCGGAGCACAUUCCCAUUCAUGAUAUCCUACGCAUCCACCAGAUGCUGCGGACCCAGUCCAAGACUCGACUUGUGGGAGCAAAUUGUCCUGGAAUCAUCAACACCUGGGGUCGCUGUCGGUUAGGGUUCCAACCAUUACCAUUCUUCCAGGAAGGGAAGGUGGGGAUCGUGGCCAAGUCCGGCACAUUGAGCUACGAGGCUGUUGCAUCGACUACCCGGGCCGGCUUGGGUCAGACGUAUGGCAUCAGCAUGGGCGGAGAUGUCCUGGCCGGUACCAACUUCGUGGAAGGUUUUCAAAUAUUGGCAGAAGACGAAAAGACCGAGGGCAUCAUCAUGAUUGGCGAAAUCGGAGGCAGUGCAGAGAUCAAGGCAGCUGAAUGGAUCAAAGAAUACAAUCGCAAGACUGCCAAUCCUAAGCCUUUCAUGGCAGUCAUCGGUGGCAUCCAAGCCCCUGCGGGUCGAAUCAUGGGCCAUGCUGGAGCAUGGGCUGCCCCUGGAGAGGCGGGUGCCUCCAAAAAGAUUCAAAUCCUUGAGGACGCCGGGGUUACGGUGGUGGAUCACCCUGAGAAGCUAGGAGAGGGAAUGAAGAAGCUGCUCGCGAAUCGGUCCAAGACUACGAAUGGCCAAUCGACCGUCACCAGUCUCGGUGGUGGGACAUCACAGCAGAGAAGAGGUUACCACACAUUUCGGCAACGGCCAAGGUCGUCGCCAGCCACGACGCAGUUGCAGUUGCGAGGUCAAAAAAGACGGACGCUGUACAUCAAACAAUCACAAGCAUUUGACAUGUUGAAGGAGAGAGGAAUUCCUACCGUGGACGAGGCGACCGUCAAAGAAGAGAAGUUCAUCUCGAUAUCGAUCGACCGUGAGGCACGGCAACCAUGCGUUAUCGCCUCGCCAUCAACGGACCCCGAGUUUGCGUUUCAGCAAUCGCGGAAAUUCCCGUUCGCAUACGGGUCAAAGGAGGCAACCUCGGCCGACUUUCUCGAGAGUGUUGCAGAACAUCUGAAGAUCUCUGGCACAGCCAAGGACGGCUUGAAGCAACUGGUGACCCAACUCGUGGACAUUUUCAUGUCAAAGGAAGCAUUCGUUGUUCAGACCAAGAUUGCACUGGACUCCCAGGGUAGAUUACACGUGCAGGGCGCCAAGUUUGGAUUUGAUGAUGCAGCCUUUCGAAGCUCCGGACGGCAAGCCGAGGUCCAUGCUCUGAGGGACAUCAAGGCCGAGGUGCGAGAAGACGUGGAGGCGGAAAAGGAGGGCAUGAUCUACGUUAAACUGCAGGGAGAAGGCAGCAUUGGCACAAUUGUCAACGGAGCUGGUCUUGCCAUGAACACAGUGGACGCACUGGUGGCUCGUGGAGGAUCGCCGGCGAACUUUAUGGACACAGGUGGAAAGGCGACAUCGGAAACCAUCAAGGCAGGAUUCCGGAUUGUGUCGUCUGAUCCACGUGUCAAAGUCAUCUUCGUCAACAUCUUUGGUGGGUUGACACUAGGGGAUAUGAUUGCCAACGGGAUCUUGCUCGCCUUCAAAGAUCUGAACCUCAAGGUGCCCGUGGUGGUGAGAAUCCGAGGAACUCGUGAGGCUGAAGGACAGAAAUUAAUCCAAGAGAGCGGUCUGAAACUUGACGCAUUUGAUUCUUUCGAGGAAGCGGCCGCUCGAGCGAUUGCCUUGGCCAAAGGAGAAGAGACCAUGUGAAGGUUGACCAACUAGCGAGCAUUCUACACAUUCAAGGAUUUGGGGACAAGAUAGGCAUGGCUUGGGACGGAGUUGUGAAUUGGACAAAGGAAACUGCAUAAG